AUUUAGUUUAGAUGUGAUCAACAUUCGUCGCAUUUGUCUCUCAUUCUUUAAAUCGAUCAUGCCCGUCAAAUACACAUAUCUCAUUUCCAAGAGAGGCGAUGUGGUAUUCUCGCUUGUCUGUGGAGUUGGUGCAUACUUUCUUUAUGAGCGCGACCACCCACGGGAAUGGACUCUCAAAGAACUUGUGCAGCGUAAAUUAGAAAGAGUCAAGACUGAAGGCUGGUUCUCUGACGCAUCAAAAUCGCAAUGAAUCAAUAGAAAAUUUUUUUCUGUUAUACUUUGCUCAAAUAUACAAAGGCGAUAUGCAAGCUUGCAUCGAACUUAUGGGGAGGUCAAGGACUUAUUACUUCACAAGAGGGACCGCAACCGCAUCUACGGUUAAUAAAAAGUAAUGAUUUAUUUCCAAAGAGAAAUGGGUAUAUAUUAAAUGAAGGAAAUAAAUGUAC